AUGCCCUCCCGCAAACUCAACACCUCUCCCAACACCAACAACAACCCAUCGACCUCCUUUCCCAAACCCCACAACACCUUCCACCAAAACAACUGGAUAACAAUGACCGAAACUACAAUAUCCGAAGACGCAGAUAUCAAAUGUACCCCCAUGCCAAACCAAAAAAAACCUACUUCACCAGUGAUAGAUAUCUCAACAGAUAGUUCUACUUCUCAUUAUAUCUCAAUACCCGAGAGAGAAACCUCAUGUGAAGCCUCAUAUGAAGCCUCGUGCUACAUUGGGCGAGAGACAGAGAUAGGGACAGCGACAGGGUUUCCUCGCUACUCACCGCGCGUUGUGGAUCAACCGCCUCGGUUCUUGGAGAGAGAUGGUUGUAGAUGUGAUAUUGAUAGCGGCUUCGAUAUGGAAAUCAAUCCAGACAAUGAUGAUGAUAAUGAUGAAUAUCAUUACACAUCCACACCCACAUAUACACACACAACCGAACCAUCCUCAUUCCCGUCCCCAUCCCCAUCCCCGUCCCCACCUCACCCGUCUCAUCCUCAUCCUUAUCCUCACUCCCCUCACUCCCCUCCACCCCAAUCCUCCCAACUCUCCCACAUCCCCCGCACCCCUCACUCUCUGCACAUCCCCUCCCUCAUCUCAUUCUUUCCCGCCCUCAAAAACCGCGAUGAACACUUCACUACCUAUUUCAAAAACGUCCACUUCUUCAAAGAUCACAUCAGUAUACCCCGAGAACCAGAAUCCGAAUCCGGGUCCCAAUCUCGUGACACCUCAGAUCCAGAUUCAGAAUUAAAUCCAGAUGAUUCCCCACGCGAUGAGCAAUCAAAGGAAGAAGAAGAAGAAGAAGAAGAUAAAAAACAGCAGCAACAGAACUUCAUCCCCGAAGACAAAGGAAACAAAACGAUAGAUCCUCGUAUCCGCAUUGAUAGGGGUGAGUCUUCGCCGCGCACUUCUUCUAUUCUUCAGAUUUCCGUUCUAGAUGAGGAGGUCGAUCAUGAGAGUUACGAGCGAGAUCCGUAUCCCGAGAGUGAAUUUGAUAUUUCUUCUACAUCGUCGUCGUCAGUGUCAGAAGAUAAAGUAGAUGGAUGUUAG